AUGGAAGAUAAUAAUGAUCUUGAGAGUGUUAGACAACAUUGUAUUAAAGUUGGCGCAGCAAAGAUCGAGGAAAUGUCCAAAGUUCAAAUUCAGUCUUGUUUAGAUUCAUUAAAAGAUAAAGCAAACGAAAUUACUCAAUUAUUUGACGAUUGUGUACCAAGAAUACCUACAAACAAUCCUCCUAUCUAUACAUUGGUUACCAUUUUUAAUUUAUUAAUAAAUGGUGAAUUAUCUACUUUUGGCGACUCAAGAAACAGAUGUUGUAAAAAUGGAGAAGUUUUAUUAAAUGAAAUGAGAAGUUUCAAUGUAAAUAAUGUCAGUUUUCACACAUUUAGUUUAUUAAGAGGUUAUUUCGAAAAUGUUCAAGAUAAUGUUUUAAAUACAGAUUUCGUUUUUGAAGAAAUUGAACCAUAUGGUGACGUUGCUGUAGAUUUAUACGAGUGGUUAGAUUCAAAUUAUACACUUUUAUCAUUAAAAUAUAAUGAUAAUGAUGAAGAUGAUGAAAUGAUGUAA